GUGAUCGGAUACAAAAUGUCUUCCUGUAUGCUUGCGCUACCAACCAACGUGUUGAAAAAUGUUUACCAACAAGUUAUCUAGGCACCCACAGAAGUACUCUGAAAACAAGCCACUUCCUAUGGAGGUAAAAGGUGAUGAGCCGGAAUACCAAGAACAGCAGGGCAAAGAUCUGGACCCUCCUAAAAACAAACCAUCUCCUAUGGAGCAGCACCCACAGCAGUGCUCUGAAAAAGAGCCUAUGGAUGAAGAUGGUUAUGGGCCUGAUAACCAAGCACAGGACUACUUUGACCUUAACCCUCCUGAAAGCAAAUCAUCUCCUACAGAGCAGCACCCACAGCAGUGCUCUGAAAACAAUCAAUGUUCUAUGGAGGUAAAUGGUUAUGGGGCUGAUAACCAAGCACAGGACUACUUUGAUCUGCACCUUCCUGAAAGCAAAUCAUCUACAAUUGAGCAUCCACAGCAGUACUCUGAAGAUGAGCCUAUGGAGGAAGAUGGUGAUGAGCCUGAUAACCAAGAGCACGAGUGCAAAGUUCCGCACCCUCCUGACAACAAACCAUCUCCUAUGGAGCAUCUACAGCAGUACUCUGAAGAUGAGCCUAUGGAGGAAGAUGGUGAUGAGCCUGAUAACCAAGAACAGGACUACUUUGAUCUGAACCCUCCUGAAAGCAAAUCAUCUCCUACGGAGCAGCAUCCACAGCAGUUCCCUGAAAACAAUCAAUGUUCUAUGGAGGUAGAUGAUGAUGGCCCCAAGUACUAAGUACCAAUGGAGAUAGAUGAUAAUGGGCCUGAUACCCAAGCAUAGGAGUGCAAAGAUCUGCACCCUCCUGAAAACAAUUAAACCAUCUCCUUUAGUAGAAGCAAAGAUUCUUUUUCAUAAAGGAUAGAUUUAAGGAGAAACUUUUGAUCGUCGGAUUCAACAUUGUGUACAGGAUUGUCUUAUGACAUGAAAUAUUGCCGUCAGAUAUGACAUGUCUACAUUGUGAAGUUGUCAAAUAUUAUUUCUACAUUUUUGUAUUUCAUUUUGGUUCAUUAGGAAGAACAUAUAACACAAUUGUUGUUUGGGAGAACCAUGUUUAACCAUCAAUUCAACCAUUCUUGCAAACUUCUCCAUUUAUCCUUUAUAAAUACGAAAGAAAGUGUUUUCUUCAUUUCUUGUGCUUCAAUCUGCUCACAAUUCUGAAUAAAAAGGAUAUCUAUCUAUCCUUUAUAUUGUGUGCUAGCUAUCAGGAUAACCAGCUGUCAGUAUUACAACUUCAA